AACCUUACAUCUAGGGUUUCUCUUUACUAUACAUAGUCUUUCUUCAAUACCGAAUCUUCUCCUCUCUCUCUCUCAACCCAGAAAAAGUAGACGGAGCCUAUACAAUGCAUACCCUUGAAACCCAUUAAAUCCAGACCCACAUUUUCGCUUCAAGACUGGGUAACAGUGGUGGUGGCGUUCCCCCCCCCCCCCCCCAAAAUGCAGACCCAAUAUUUGUUCUUUCACAUUCUCCUUCUUUUCGCUUCUCUCCUUUUAUUUCCGGUGUCAAAAUCCGAUCUUUCGCCCGACAGAGCGGCACUUCUCACUCUCCGGCAGUCGCUUGGUGGCCGGACACUCCUCUGGAAUGCUACUGCGACCAGCCCUUGUAAUUGGGCUGGUGUCACUUGCGAACAGAGCCGGGUUGUUACCCUCCGGUUACCGGGCGUGGCCCUCUCAGGCGAACUUCCCACUGGCAUUUUUAGUAACCUGACCCAGCUCCGUACUCUCAGUCUCCGACUCAACGCUCUCACCGGACAGCUUCCAUCGGACCUCGCUUUGUGUAGUGGACUUCGGAAUUUGUACCUCCACGGAAACCUCUUUUCCGGUGGAAUCCCGGAGUUUUUGUUCGGAAUGAAGGAUCUUGUGCGUGUCAAUCUUGCCAGUAACAAUUUUACAGGUGAGAUCUCUAAGGGAUUUGAUAAGUUACCGCGACUGAAGACUCUGUACCUUGAGAACAAUAGGUUAGCAGGGUCGAUUCCAGCUUUGAAAGUCCCAAAAGUUAUUCAAUUUAAUGUUUCAAAUAAUAUGUUAAAUGGGUCGAUACCUGAGAGGUUUCAGAGGUUCGAUUCUAGCUCCUUUUCGGGUAAUUCAUUGUGUGGUGAACCACUUGAGGGUUGUGCUGGUGAGAUUGCAAGUGUGCCGAGUACAGGCAGUGUGAAGCCUGAAAAGAAGAAUAAGUUAUCUGGUGGAGCAAUUGCUGGUAUUGUGACUGGAUCUGUAGUGGGUUUGAUAUUCAUUCUUCUAAUGUUAUUCUUCUUGUGCCAAAAGAAGGGAAACAAGAAGUCCAGGUCGAUUGACAUUGCUUCAAUCAAGCAUCAAGAGCUGGAGAUUCUGGGGGAGAAACCGAUUGGGGAGCCUGAAAAUGGAGGGUAUGGAAAUGGGUUUUCAGUGGCUGCCGCGGCGGCUGCUGCUAUGACUGUGAAUGGGAAGGGAGAAGCUGCUACCGCUGUGAAUGGUGGAGUGAAAAAGCUAGUGUUCUUUGGGAAUGGAGGGAGAGUGUUUGAUUUGGAGGAAUUGUUGAGGGCCUCAGCGGAGGUAUUGGGGAAGGGGACUUUCGGAACUGCGUAUAAAGCGGUGCUUGAAAUGGGAACUGUGGUGGCCGUGAAGAGGUUGAAGGAUGUGACAAUUUCUGAGAGGGAGUUCAGAGAGAAGAUUGAAGGGGUAGGGUCCAUGGAUCAUGAGAAUUUGGUGCCACUCAGGGCUUACUAUUUUAGCGUGGAUGAGAAGCUACUUGUCUAUGAUUACAUGGCCAUGGGAAGCUUGUCUGCACUUUUGCAUGGGAAUAAAGGAGCAGGUAGAACCCCCCUGAAUUGGGAGACUCGAUCAAGCAUUGCCCUUGGAGCUGCUCGGGGGAUUGAGUACUUGCACACUCAAGGUCCCAACAUCUCUCACGGAAACAUAAAAUCGUCUAAUAUUCUGCUCACUAAAUCUAAUGAAGCCAGAGUCUCUGAUUUUGGCCUUGCCCACCUUGUUGGUCCUUCAUCCACUCCCAAUAGAGUUGCCGGCUACCGUGCUCCAGAGGUAACUGAUCCUCGCAAGGUAUCUCAGAAGGCCGAUGUCUAUAGCUUUGGUGUAUUACUACUGGAGCUACUGACUGGGAAAGCACCCACUCAUGCCCUCUUGAACGAGGAGGGGAUCGACCUUCCCAGAUGGGUGCAGUCCAUAGUUCGAGAGGAAUGGACUUCUGAGGUGUUCGACCUUGAGCUACUCAGGUACCAAAACGUAGAGGAAGAAAUGGUUCAGCUGUUGCAGCUCGCAGUAGAUUGUGCUGCUCAGUACCCGGACAACCGGCCUUCAAUGCCUGAAGUGGCGAGGCGGAUUGAGGAGCUAUGUUGUUUAAGCCAGCGAGAAGAUCACAAUCUACAGCCUGAUGUCGUCGACAACUCUUCUCGAUGAGUAGAAUGAUCAUCCUUGCUGUGUUAUGCCCAUAAUUAUAAUGUUUAAUCAUGUGUUUAUGUUGUAUGUUCUAUUUGGGCCUUAAAGCUUCUCUCUUCUCUUCUCUUUUCUUUUCUUUUCUUUUUUCUCUCUCUCUCUCUAAAAAAAAUUAGGAGCCAACUGUGUCGGUUACUUUUUUAUUCUCCUCAUCCCAAAUGUACCUCCCUUUUUUUUUUUAAUUUUUUUUUCUUUAUCAGUGCUGUGAGUGUGGGGUGCAUGUCUGUCCCAUUUGUUCUUUGUUGGGUGGACCAUAUGGUGGUUGUAAUUAUCACAUUCACUUUAAUUUUUUCUGCUCUUGGUAC